AUGGCUGAAAGUUACUCAAAAUCCAAACUUAAACGCAAAAAACCUUCAGCGGAGGAGUUCCGUUCUGAGAUGUGUUCCCGAGGAGCGAAGAGGAGCAGUUUAACAUCUUCAUCCAGAGACGGAGGCGCAAACACGGACGGGUCUGCUGGCCCCCCAGCAGCAGCACCAUGGUGGAGAACUGCACAGCCCCCCGCUGUGGAGAGCUUGUGGGCGUGCACGCUCAUGUCUGCUCUGCAGAACCUGGAGAACCAGCUCUGGGACCCGGUUCCUGAUCUCCCGCCUCCUCCCGCUGCGGAUCCACCGGCUCCAAAUCCAGACGAACAGCGGUGGGGUGACCUCGGCUGGGAGGUCCCUCCCCUCCCAGAAUGCUCUCUGCUCUGUCCGAGGUCUUCGUUGAUCCGGGCCUCCUCCCAACUGGACCUCCCGGUUCAGACCAAAACUGCUCAGAACCCACCUGACAGGAGUCAAAACUGCCUCGCAGAGCCUCCUCAGCUCCAGCAGCAUGGGGAGGAGGCGACAUCAUCAUCCUCAGCGGGGCGACGAAGGGUUGGAGGAGAGAUCGGACCGACGAUCCAAGAACCGAAGGUUUCUGCUCCGGCUGAAGAAGAGGAGGCGCAGAGACGAGAUGAAGAGCCGCAGAGCUGCCCGCUGUGUUUACGGGCCUUCCCUCCAGGGUCCACGCAGAUGGACCGGGACGGCCACCUGGCCCAGUGUCUCUCUGAGCUGGACGUGGACAUGACCUGGUGA